AAUCUUGCUUUCUCCUCAGAAAAUGCAGACUUCCCCACUGCACCCUUUGCUUCUUCCAUUGGAAGCCACAGUGUGACACUGCGAUGGAAAUCUGCCAACAUCUCUGGAGUGAAAUACAUCAUUCAGUGGAAGUAUGCACAACUCCGUGGAAGCUGGACUUACACUGAGGCUGUGUCCAAGCUCUCCUACGUGGUGGAGCCCCUACAUCCGUUCACUGAAUAUAUUUUUCGAGUGGUUUGGAUCUUCACAGCCCAGCUGCAAUUGCAUUCCCCACCAAGCCCCAGUUACAGGACCCAUUCUUAUGGAGUUCCUGAAACUGCUCCCCUGAUUAGGACUAUUGAAAGCUCAAGUCCUGACACCGUGGAAGUGAGUUGGGCUCCACCUCAAUUCCCAGGUGGACCCAUUUUGGGUUAUAACUUAAGGCUGAUCAGCAAAAAUCAAAAAUUAGAUUCAGGGACACAGAGAACCAGUUUCCAGUUUUACUCUACUCUAGCAAGUACCACCUACAGGUUUUCUAUUGCAGCAGUAAAUGAAGUUGGUGAGGGGCCGGAAGCAGAAUCUAGUAUUACCACUUCAUCCCCAGCAGUUCAAGAAGAGGAACAGUGGCUCUUUUUAUCCAGGAAAACUUCUCUAAGAAAGAGAUCUUUAAAGCAUUUAGUAGAUGAAGCACAUUGCCUUCAGUCAGAUGCUACACGCCAUAAUAUUACAGGAAUAUCAGUUAAUGUCCACCAGCAAGUUGUUUAUUUCUCUGAAGGAAUGCUCAUAUGGGUGAAGGAAGCUGCCAAUAUGUCUGAUGGGUCUGACCUGAGAAUUUUUUACAGAGGUUCAGGAUUAAUUUCUUCCAUCUCCGUAGACUGGCUUUAUCAGAGAAUGUAUUUCAUCAUGGAUAAACUGGUAUGUGUCUGUGAUUUAGAGAACUGCUCAAGCAUUGAGGAAAUUACUCCUUCCUCCAUUAUUGCACCUCAAAAAAUUGUGGCUGAUUCGUACAAUGGGUAUAUCUUUUAUCUCCUGAGAGACGGCAUUUAUAGAGUCAAUCUCCCUGUGCCCUCUGGUCGAUCAGAAGCCAUGCAUAUUGUGCAGAGCUGCACAUUAAAGGACUUUGCAAUAAAGCCGCAGUCCAAGCGAAUCAUUUACUACAACGACACCACCCAAGUCUUCAUGUCAACCUUUCUGGACGGCUCCGCUUCCCACCUGAUCCUACCUCACGUCCCCUUUACUGAUGUGAAGAGCUUUGCUUGUGAAAACAAUGACUUCCUGGUCACAGAUGGCAAGGCCGUUUUCCAACAGGAUUCUUUGUCUUUUAAUGAGUUCAUUGUGGGAUGUGACCUGAGUCAUAUAGAAGAAUUCGGCUUCGGCAACUUGGUCAUCUUUGGCUCGUACACCCAGCCGCACCCCGUGCCGGGCCGCCCGCAGCAGCUCUCUGUGCUGUUCGGCUCCCACCAGGCCCUGGUUCAGUGGACGCCCCCAGCCCUCGCCAUCGGAGCCAGUGAGUGCCCUGUCAGUAAUACUGUUUAACUCUUCCGAUUAGGCCCUUCCGCUUGGCAGAACUGGACUUACGAGGUGAAAGUGUCAACCCAAGACUUUCCUGAAAUCACUCACGUUUUCCCUAAUAUAAGUGGGACCAUGCUUAAUGUACCCAACCUUCAGAGUGCUACGAGAUACAAGGUUUCUGUGAGAGCGAGUUCUCCCAAGGGGCCCGGCCCUUGGUCAGAGCCCUCAGCGGGGACUACCCUGGUACCAGCUACAGAACCACCAUUUAUCAUGGCUGUGAAGGAAGAUGGGCUUUGGAGUAAACCGUUAAAUAGCUUUGGCCCAGGAGAAUUUUUAUCCUCUGAUAUAGGCAAUGUGUCAGACAUGGACUGGUAUAACAACAGCCUCUACUACAGCGACACAAAAGGUGAUGUUUACGUGUGGCUGCUGAACGGGACGGAUGUCUCAGAGAAUUACCACAUACCCAACAUUGCAGGAGCUGGGGCUUUAGCUUUCGAAUGGCUGGGUCACUGUCUCUACUGGGCUGGAAAAACAUACGUGAUACAAAGGCAGUCUGUGUUGACAGGACACACAGACAUUGUGACCCAUGUGAAGUUGUUGGUGAAUGACAUGGUGGUGGAUUCUGUUGGUGGAUAUCUCUACUGGACCACACUAUAUUCAGUUGAAAGCACCAGGCUAAAUGGGGAAAGUUCCCUUACACUACAGGCGCAGCCAUGGUUUUCUGGGAAAAAGGUAAUUGCUCUAACUUUAGACCUUAGUGAUGGGCUCCUGUAUUGGUUGGUUCAAGACAGUCAAUGUAUUCACCUGUACACAGCUGUUCUUCGGGGUCAGAGCACCGGGGAUCCCACAAUCACGGAGUUCGCAGCCUGGAGUAGUUCCGACAUUUCCCAGAACGCGCUGAUGUACUACAGCGGCCGGCUCUUCUGGAUCAAUGGCUUUCGGAUUAUCACGGCUCAGGAAAUAGGUCAGAGAACUAGCGUCUCCGUUUUGGAACCGGCCAAAUUUAAUCAGUUCACAAUUAUUCAGACAUCCCUCAAGCCUCUGCCAGGGAACUUUUCCUUUACCCCUAAGGUUAUCCCAGAUUUCAUUCCAGAGUCUUCCUUUAUGAUUGAAGGAAAUGCUUCAAGUUUUCAAAUCCUCUGGAAUGCUCCUCCAGCAGUGGAUUGGGGUGUAAUUUUCUACAGUGUGGAAUUUAGUGCCCCUUCUAAGUUCCUGGCUAGUGAACAACAGUCUUUACCUGUAUUUACUGUGGAAGGGCUGGAGCCCUAUGCCUUAUUUAAUCUUUCUGUCACUCCUUAUACCUUCUGGGGAAAGGGCCCCAAAACAUCUCUAUCACUCCGAGCACCUGAAACAGUUCCAUCAGCACCAGAGAAUCCCAGAGUAUUUGUAUUACCAAGUGAAAAAUAUCACAACAAGAACGAAGUUGUGGUGGAAUUUAGGUGGAAUAAACCUAAGCAUGAAAAUGGUGUGUUAACAAGAUUUGAAAUGUUCUAUCAAUUAUCCAAAGAAAGUGACACAAACAAAACAUUUGAAGACUGGAUUGUUGUCAAUGUCACUCCCUCAGUGAUGUCUUUUCAACUUCAGGGCAUGAGUCCUGGGUACACUGUUGCCUUCCAGGUUCGAGUCUUCACAUCCAAAGGACCUGGCCCAUUUUCUGACAUAGUAAAGUCCAAAACAUCAGAAAUCACCCCAUUUCCAUACCUCAUAACUCUUUCUGGCAACAAGAUAGUGUUGUUAGAUAUGGAUCAAAAUCAAGUUGUGUGGACAUUUUCGGCGGACGAAGACAUCAGCGCCAUGGGCUACACGGGGACCGAUGCAGUGGGGUACUUUGCACAAGGAGGCGCACUCUUCCGUCUGAACAUGCACGAUCGGUCCAGCUCAGAGAUUUUCCGGGAUGCACUGGUUUUUGAUAUCACAAUGAUUACAGUUGACUGGCUUUCAAGGCAUCUCUACUUUGUGCUGAAAGACUUGCACAAUGGAAUGCAAAUAUUUGAUCUUGAUCUUGAAAACAAGGUGAAAUAUCCCAGGAAACUGAAAAUUUGUAACAGAAAUUCAACAAUAAUCUCUUUUUCUGUGUAUCCCUUUUUAAGUCGCCUGUAUUGGACAGAAGUUUCCAAUUUUGGAUCUCAGAUGUUCUAUUACUGUAUUAUAAACCAGACCUUGCACCAAAUUCUGCAACCCACAGCCAUAAACCAUCCAUCUGGAAGGAGCCAAUGUUCCUGCAACGUGACUGAAUUGGAGUUAAGUGGAGCAAUGACUAUUGAUACCUCUGACUUGAAGAAGCCACAGAUAUACUUUGUCAAAGGGCAAGAGAUCUGGGCCAUGGAUCUGGAAGGAUGUCAGUGUUGGCAAGUUACCAUGAUGCCUGCUCUGCUUGCAGGAAAAACACUUGUUAGCUUAACCGUGGAUGGGGAGUUUCUCUAUUGGAUUGCCACAGCAAAGGACAGCACACAGAUUUAUCAAGUAAAGAAAAGCAAUGGGGUCAUCCUCUCUCAGGUAGAGGCUCCAAGGAGUAAGCGUAUCUUGGUUUACAGUUCGGUUCUGCAGCCUUUUCCAGAUAGAGCAUUUCUGUCUUUAGCUUCAGAUAUUGCAGAGCCGACUAUACUUAACGCCACUAACACCAGCCUUACAAUCAGAUUACCACCUGCCAGGACAAACCUCACGUGGUAUGGAAUCACCAGCCCUACUCCAACGUACCUGGUUUAUUACAAAGAAGUUAAUGGCAGGAAAAACAGCUCUGAACUGGAAGAUAGAAUGCUGGAAUUUCAGAAGAGUAUAGCCCUUAUUGAAGGUUUACAGCCAUUUUCAACAUAUAUGAUACAGAUAGCUGUAAAGAAUUAUUAUUCAGAUCCUUUGGAACUGUUACCUCUGGGAAAAGAGAUUUGGGGAAAAACUAAAAGUGGAGUACCAGAGGCAGUUUGGCUCAUUAACACAACUGUGCAGUCAGACACCAGCCUCGUCAUAUCCUGGAGAGAAUCUCCCAAGCCAAAUGGACCAAAAGAGUCAGUCCGCUAUCAGGUGGCAAUCUCACAUCUGGCCCCAAUUCCUGAGACUCCAUUAAGGCAAAGUGAAUAUCCCAAUGGAAGGCUCUCUCUCCUUGUUACUAGACUGUCCGGUGGAAAACUGUAUGUGGUAAAGGUUUUGGCCUGCCACGCCGAGGACAUGUGGUGUGCUGAGAGUCGUCCUGUCGCUGUCGAAAUGUUUGACACACCGGAGGAACCUUAUGCCUUGGUUCCAGAGAAUACUAGUUUGCAAUUAGACUGGAAGGCUCCAUCUAAUGUUGACCUCAUCCGAUUUUGGUUUGAACUCCAAAAGUGGAAGCACAAUGAGUUUUACCAUGUUACAGCUUCGUGCAGCCAAGGUCCUGCAUAUGUCUGUAACAUCACAGAUCUACAACCUUAUACUUCCUAUAAUGUCCGAGUAGUGGUGGUGUACAGAACAGGAGAAAACAGCACGUCUCUUCCAGAAAGCUUUAAGACUAAACCUGGAGUCCCAAGUAAACCAGGCAUCCCAAAAUUAUUAGAAGGGAGUAAAAAUUCAAUACAGUGGGAAAAAUCUGAUGAUAAUGGAAGCAGACUUAUGUACUAUAUCCUUGAAAUCAGAAAGGGCACUUCAAAUGAUUCACAGAAGGAGAAUUUAAUGUGGAAGGUGGCAUUUAAUGGAUCAUGCAGUAGCAUUUGCACAUGGAAGUCCAAAAACCUGAAAGGAACAUUUCAGUUCAGAGUAGUAGCUGUAAAUAAUCUGGGGUUUGGUGACUAUAGUGGAAUCAGUGAGGAUAUUGUAUUAGUUGGAGAUGGUUUUUGGAUACCAGAAACAAGCUUUAUACUUACUAUUAUAAUUGGAAUACUUCUGGUUAUAACAAUUCCACUGACUUUUGUCUGGCAUAGAAGGUUAAAGUAUCAAAAAACUCCUAAGGAAGGGCUGACAGUUCCCAUAAACGAAGACAAAGAGCUGGGCGAACUUCGGGGUCUGGCCACUGGAGUAGGACUGGCCAAUGCCUGCUAUGCGAUACAUACUCUUCCGACGCAAGAGGAGAUUGAAAGCCUUCCUGCCUUCCCUCGGGAAAGACUGAGUCUGCGUCUCUUGUUGGGAAGCGGGGCCUUUGGAGAAGUGUAUGAAGGGACAGCAGUAGACAUCUUAGGAGCUGGAAGCGGAGAAACCAAAGUAGCAGUGAAGACUUUGAAGAAGGGCUCCACGGACCAGGAGAAGAUUGAAUUCCUGAAAGAGGCACAUUUGAUGAGCAAGUUUAAUCAUCCCAACAUUCUGAAGCAGCUUGGAGUCUGUCUGCUGAACGAACCCCAGUACAUUAUCCUGGAACUGAUGGAAGGAGGAGACCUUCUGACCUAUUUGCGUAAAGCCCGGAUGACAACGUUUCAUGGCCCUUUACUCACCUUGGUUGACCUUGUAGACCUGUGUGUAGAUAUUUCAAAAGGCUGUGUCUACUUGGAGGAGAUGCACUUCAUUCAUAGGGAUCUGGCAGCUCGAAAUUGCCUUGUCUCCGUGAAAGAGUACGCAAGCCCAUCCCGGAUGGUGAAGAUUGGGGACUUUGGACUUGCCAGGGACGUCUAUAAAAACGACUACUACAGAAAGAGAGGAGAAGGCCUGCUGCCUGUGCGGUGGAUGGCUCCAGAAAGUUUGAUGGAUGGACUCUUCACUACUCAGUCUGAUGUAUGGUCUUUUGGAAUUCUGAUUUGGGAAAUUUUAACUCUUGGUCAUCAGCCUUAUCCAGCUCAUUCCAACCUUGAUGUUUUAAACUAUGUGCAAACCGGAGGGAGACUGGAGCCACCGAGAAAUUGUCCUGAUGAUCUGUGGACUUUAAUGACCCAGUGCUGGGCUCAAGAACCUGACCAAAGACCUACUUUCCAUAAAAUUCAAGACCAGCUUCAGUUAUUCAGAAAUUUUUCCUUAAAUGGUAUUUCUCAAUGCAGAGAAGCAGCAAAAUCUAGUGGAGUCAUAAAUGAAGGCUUUGAAGAUGAAGAUGGUCAUGUGAUUUGUUUGAAUUCAGAUGAAGUUACAUCUGAAGCCAAGAACCAAGAAGGGUUAAACUAUAUGGUACUUGCUACAGAAUUUAGCCAAGGUGAAGCUAAUUCUGAGGGUCCUGUAGACUCCAAGGAAUCUGACUCUCGUGGUCUGAGGAAAGAAGAGAAGGAACCACGUGCAGACAAAGAUAUCUGCCAAGAAAAACAAGUGGCUUACUGCCCUCCUGGCAAGCCCGAGGGCCUGAACUACGUCUGCCUCACUCACAGUGGAUAUGGAGACGGGUCUGAUUAAUAGCUCUGUUUGGGAAGCGUAGAGUUGAGACAAACACUCCUCCCAUUAAGUAGUCACUGAAAGAAAACCUGGUAGAGUGACAGAUGUGGUGGUGUGGUGGUCUAUGGCUCCGAAUUAACACCGGAAAGUGCCUGAAUUCUAAUCUUGGUUCCAAGAGCCAUUUGGUUUUAGUGUGACAAUCCCCACGCCAACUGUGUAACCUUCAGCAGAAUUCUGGGGUGAACCUUUGAGCAUUUGGAAAGCUUAGUAAGACUCACAAGUCUGGAAGGGAAACUGCUCCUUACCCUAAGGGCCCUUAGGCCAUUGCCCACCCCCUUCAGUCUGGGCUAUAACAGAAACAGUUAGAUGGUUAGAGACAAAGCAGGUUUGUUCUGCGACCUGAAGGAGGAGGGUAGAAGCCUGCUCAGGGGAAUGGCUGAACUACAGAUUAUCCUCAAAGGGACAGAGGAAAUGACCAAACAACUCUACCCACACAGAAGGAACCAGCACCUACGACAUGAGAAGUCAUUUGGAAAGCGAUGACUACAAUGAAAGAUGGUCUUUAAUGACUCCUCUAAAAUAUUUUGUAUUUUGGAGGCUUGGAACAGUAGCUUCAAUCAUAUUGUAAAUAGGACAAUGAAGAUCUCUGUGUCCUAAAGUUUAGCAUUCCGUGAUCUUUCGGUUGUACAUAAAUUGCUCUGUGAUUUGUGUGCUAUUACAGAAAUUAGGUAAUAUAAAGAUUGUUUUUGUUUGCCAUAUCUAUUUUAUAUAUAACAUACUUAAGAUUACACUCACUAGCAAAUUGUCCUUAAAAUUAAAUAUAAAUGAUUCUAUAAUGUUAAUUCAAGCUAUGUGAUUUUUAGCGACCAUACAAAAUAAUAAAUACCUGAAUGAGAACUAUUAAAAAAUUUCUUCA